AUGACGAUGCCUAUGCAGGAGGCGCCCUCUCCGUUCGUGGGCAUGGCCGUGUCGCCCCAGGCGCCGGGGCCGCGGAUGGUGACGUGCCAGAAUUGCGGGAACGAGUGCAGCAGCGAGCACCGCUUCUGCGCCUUCUGCGGCAGCGUGAUCGGCGGGGGCGGCGGCGGCGCCAGCAGCGGCGCCAUGCCGCAGCACGCGGCGGCGAUGUCGCACCACGCGGCGGCGAUGCCGCAGAUGCGGCAGGAGGCCCCCGAGUUCAUGAUGCCGUGGGGCGGGCCCUCGCUGGGGCCCCCCAUGGGCCCAUCGCAGCCCUUCGACAGGGUGGUCAACUCCCCUUGGCAGCAGCACCACAACUUCGAGGCCCCGGACGAGUCGAGGGCCUGGCCUGGCGUGCCGGCUGUGCCGCCGACACAGGGAGGCGGAGGCGCAGAUUCCUAUUACGAUUCGGUCAACGAUGAGAUGGAUGUGGUGCGCGGGAGGAUGAUGCUACUUGCCGCGCUGAAGGACAUGGAGAGCAGAGAGGCCGCCGGCGGCCGAGGCUAG